UUUGUGUAAUUUUCCGUUGUUUACUUCAUUAAAUAUAGUUAAAUACCGCUAAUGUCAACGACUUCCUAGAGUACAACUACAACAAAGCACCGGAUUGGUCGAUAUACUUUUGCCUCCUCCGUGAUUGGUCAAUUCUUCCAGCACCUGUCGCGCGACCUGAGGAAAGUUUGGCAGCCGUUGAGAAAUGUAUCCAGAGAGUGGGCCGGCCCAUUGUUCACUCCUGGAGGGGGGCAGGAGAACGUUCAGGAAGGAAACUACAAGCUGUCAGACGGGAGUCCACCUUCUCUGAGGUGAGGAAUGGAGUGCUCCAGGAACUCUAUCCUCCUCGAGACGCUCAAACAAAACUUUCCAACUUCUGACAAGAUGUCUGGAAAAAUGACAACUCACUCAUAGAGGAGCUACAACAGGGGCACAGAGGUAAUUUAGCGUUAAAGAAAAUAAAAUGGCGUCGGAGGUGAAAUUAAACGGGAGCGAACUUUUGGAAGUUGACAUAUGCGACGUUGGCGGCGUGUGUUCCGAGGACGAGAGCGGCGUUUUUGUCAACUCCGUCGCCUCCCUCCAGGAUGAUUUCUCCGGCUUUCAGCAGUGGACGAGCACCGCCGAGUCACCUAGUGACACAUCAUCACCUCCGGGACAGCAGGUCCACGGCUCCACCGUUACCGCCGCUCUCAGGACCAGCACAGCCGGUGACAGUGACUCCGAGUCCCAGGGAGAUGGAGUUAAAUCCCUGAGGACUUCCAUAGUGGACUGUCUGCUGGUGGAGCUGUAUGAGACGUACAGUGGAGGCAGCAGGAGGAAUCUGGACAGCCUGGACAGCUCCACCGAGGCGUCCAGCUCUGAUGCUUUCCUGGGCCGCAGUAACUCCGGGUCCAGCUUCCUCCAGGAGCUGCAGGAGAAGCACACCAGGAGGCAUCAGAUGAAUUACCUGGCCCAGAAAGCCCCGGAGGAGCUGCGUUCAAUCAUCCAGGAAGUCAAAUAUCGUACAGCCCUGCAGUCGGCCAAGCUGCUCCGCCAGCUGAAGAGACGAGACCGACUUUACCACAAACUGCAGAAGAACUACGACAUCAUCACAGCUUGCCUUCAGGCUGUCUCACAGAAACGACGAGUUGACACGAGGCUGAAGUUUACCAUCGAGCCAUCGCUGGGAAAGAAUGGAUUCCAGCAGUGGUACGACGCCCUUAAAGCAGUGGCUCGGCUCCCUACUGGGAUACCCAAGGAAUGGAGGAAGAGGGUGUGGCUAACGCUAGCAGACCAGUACCUCCACAGUAUCUCUAUUGACUGGGAGAAGACGCUUCGUUUCGCCUUUAACGAGCGCAGCAACCCUGACGACGACUCCCUCGGCAUCCAAAUUGUCAAGGACCUGCACAGGACGGGCUGCAGUUCUUACUGCGGCCAGGAGGGGGAGCAGGACAGGGUGGUGCUGAAGAGGGUGCUGCUGGCGUACGCCCGCUGGAAUAAAACUGUGGGUUACUGCCAAGGGUUCAACGUACUAGCUGCACUCAUACUGGAAGUUACACAGGGCCACGAGAGCGAUGCACUCAAGGUGAUGAUCUAUCUGAUUGACAAAGUGCUGCCUGAGAGUUAUUUUGCCAACAACCUGCGAGCAUUGUCAGUGGACAUGGCGGUGUUCAGAGACCUGCUGCGCUUGAAGCUGCCCAGACUGUCCCAGCAUCUCCACCACCUUCAGAAAGCUGCCAACAGAGAAGCUGGAGGCAGCUACGAGCCUCCGCUGACCAACGUGUUCACUAUGCAGUGGUUCCUCACCAUGUUCGCCACCUGCCUGCCGGCGCCCACCGUGCUGAAGAUCUGGGACUCUGUGUUCUUCGAGGGCUCAGAGGUGCUGUUUCGGGUCGCCCUCGCCAUCUGGGAGAGACUGGGAGAGCGGAUCGAGUACUGUCAGACGGCCGAUGAGUUUUACAGCACGAUGGGGUGUCUCACUCAGGAGAUGCUGGAGCGCAACCUCAUCGAUCCGUCUGAACUCAUGCAGGAGGUUUACUCCAUGGCAGUGUUUCCUUUCCCUCAACUGGCUGAGCUGAGAGAGAAGUACACCUACAACAUCACUCCGUUCCCUACCUCAGUCAAAUCCAGUGGAAGUGGCGGUCUGGGCAGCUGGGAGAGUGAUGACGACGCCGAAAUGGAUGAUGAGGACGCUGUGGUGACGGCGCUCGGUUGCCUGGGUCCCCUGGGCGGCCUGCUGGCCCCCGAGCUGCAGAGAUACCAGAAACAUCUCAAAGACCAGCGAGGGGAGCAGGGGAACAUCGCAGAGCUGAGCCCAGGAGCGGUGGGAGCUGGAGGGGGAGGAGGUGGAGGAGGAGGAGGAGGAGGAGGUGGUGCCAAGGCGGAGCAUCAAGCAGCAAUCAACAGCAUGAUGAUGGAGAGAAUGAGCACCGACAUCUGCGCCCUGAAGAAGCAAUACACUCGCAUCAAAAGGCGGCAGCAGCAACAGGCUAUGCAACUCUACAUACGCACAGGACCUGAACAUGACGUGGCCACAAGUCCAGGGGUUCUCCAGGAGCAUCCCAACAAACACAGCGACAGUACCGACCAUCACACUGACGACAAGUGUCCCGCCACCCGUGUCCUGCCCUCCCAGCUCAACCCUUCCAGCGCAGUAAUCAACCACCUCCUUCUGGGCCGGAGACCACGUGGGGAUCCCCGAGGCUCCAGACCCACAUCCACUAACACAUCCACACUACCAGGGUCUCGACCUCCUUCUCUGUCCCAGAGUCAGGGCUCUCCAGCCAGGCAGCGUUGUGGCUCGCUGCUCUCCAGCAGCACUGGAUCUCCAGGGAGCUCUGGAGGAGGCGCAGGGUCGCCCUGGCGCGCUCAUGUGCGGGUACAUCGGAGGAAUAUAGCCAGGGCUCGGGCACAGCUGGGCUUUGGAGAUUCAGAGGAAAGGGAAGAUGAGGAGGAGGAGGAAGAAGGAGGAUCUGAGGGCUUUGAGGGUGAAGAGGAGAAGAUUAAGGAAAAUGAGAGAGGUGAUGAGGAGCAGAAAGAGGGGAGUGACUCCUGUGGGUCUCCAUCUCCUGACCCCUCUGGUACAGGGUCAGUGUGUGAAGAGGCUCCACAGGAUGCGGAUGAGAUAAAAGAGGCGGAAGUUUCAGAGGUGGUGGUGCAGCUGGACUCCCUGGAUCUAGAGGAGGAAUCAAACCCACUACCAGAGUCCAAACCUGCACCCCAGGUCCCUCUUCUCCCUCCUCCCCCAUCCUCAAACAGACACAAAGAGUCUGACUCCUCAGGUUCAGAGAGAUGCACCGCCUCUGACAGACUCUUUCCCUCCAUCGCUUUACCUCCACCUCACCACUCCCUCAGCUCCUCACCCUCCACUCUCAGUCCGUCCCCCUCUCCAGUCCCUACAUCGACUUCUCUCGGUCCGUCCUGCUUGUCCUCUCCUACACCACCCUCCACCCCAACGCCAAGCUCCGCAUCCUGCCUCCCCUCAUCCCCAUCAGCUAACAGCCUCUCCUCUCUAACUCUCCCCGCGUCCUCCACCUUUUACAAAACCUCCUCCCCCUCCACUCCUUCACUUUCCUCCAUCUCGUCAUCAUCCAAAUCUCAUUUAUCCUCUUCCCCUUCGACCCCUGCGCUCUCGUCCACCGUCGCUCCCAAACAGCAGGUCUUUUCCCCGUUUCCUAGCGUGAAGCAGCCGAGGAAAUCGGCAGCAGCCAGAAAUCUCGGCCUCUACGGUCCAACAUCCAGAACACCCACAGUACACUUCCCUCAGCUCAGCCGCAACCUCAACCGCUGUAGUGCUGCUGGCGCCACCGGGAGCCGAUGAAGACCUCUGCGCUCCUGAACUGCUAGAAACACACAAUCGUUACAUGAAGAAUCAUUCUAGUAUCUACACCAUGUUGCCUCCUGGAUAUCAAGAAAAUAACCCUAACAUUUAAGAAUGACAUAGCCGAUUCGUGUGAAGGAAACCUCUUCAUUUUUUUCAAUCGCAUUGUUACUGUACAGCUGAGGACCACAGGACUACAGGACUAUAACAGUGUCGAGCCCUUUACAGUGGCCUAUGCAGGUCUUUCUUGACUGUAAUGAUAAAAAGUGAUGUAGACUAUGUUUCACGAACUCUCUAGAAAGUUACAUUUCGUCUGUGCUGGACAUCUGUGUCUCUUCAGUUGUGAUUUUAGUUUCCCUGGACUGAAACAUGAAGACGCUCAGCUUGGACGAAUUCUUCUUUCUGGACCAUAUGUGGCAACAUGAUGAAGUACCUUUUUCCUAUGAAAUCACACAAUAGCCAUCCAGUUGUUUCUAUGCCAAGUAUUUAACAAAAUAACCCAAGAAACAAGACAUACCUAAGAAUUGCUAUAAAUGAGGAAUAAUAAAAAAUGUUGUAUGUGUGUGCCCCAACACAACUUCCCAAUCUUCAAAUGUUUGAUGUCCUGAAGCUUCUCUUUUUUCUUUCUUUCCUCUCUGUCUUUAACUUAAUUGUCUGACACGAGGCUUGUAAUGUCUUGGACGGUAAUGACGCAAGUGUAAAUGGGGAUUCUACUCUGAGACCAGCUUGGCCAAGGUUUGUUUUGACCAUUGGGGUGUGAAUACUGUGCAAAUGAAAUGUGGCAAAUCUUAAUAUACAGCUAGAAAAACCACAUCAAAUCAUAUUAGUAGCUGUGUUCACAUCAAAAUAAACCUGCACAGCAGUUACAAGGAAAUCUCAACGUUUAUUCACAGUAUAUCCAGUAUCGUCCAACCACACCACAUUCCUACUUCAAAACUAAACACUCACCUGCUGCUUUAAAUGAAAUAAAUACAAGGACAAAAUCCCAGUGUGGUCAGUCAUGUCAUUCUGGAGAAACGUCUCACAACAUCCUGCUUCCACUUUCAUUUGACUCAAUGGAAAUAAAUCUUGGGCAUCAGUUUUUCAAAGGACAUACAAGUCAAACUUUGACAAACAUUGCUGUUUUGAACAUUUCCAGAUUGCACAAAGAUGUUGCUCACCAGACAAAUAGAUUUAGCUGGCUGCGUAAAGAAAGACAUUUUAACCUGUUUGUACAAAUUGUUUAAACAAAGAUUGUGGCAGGAAGUGACGUAUUGUAGCGUAUAAUUGUUAGUAGUAGUUAAAACUUUUAAUAUUCAAUUAAUUUUGAAUCCAAGUAAAUCUAUAAUAAUUAUCUUAGUAACUAUUUAAAGUUUCAUUUUAAUUCUCCCCUGCAUUGCUCAAGACGGGGAAGAAAUAUAACUACGCACCGUUGCGGCAUGUCACUUCCGGUCGCCAUCUUUGUUUACAUUACCAAACCGCCGCAUCCUGUGAAGCCAGUUAAAUGUUUUUACUUGUGACACAGGUGGAAUAUUUUUCCUAAGAGUUGGCCAGAGGUGUUAUUCACGAGUGUGGGAAUGUUUUCAAAAUGGCGGUAAGUGUUGCAAGUUGACCCGCCGGUUUUUUUUUUUUUAAAACCUGUGACUUAGAGAAACAAGUAAAUUAGCCGUCAGCUAACAGUUAGCAUGACGCUAUUCCAAAUGUGUCAAAUGUAAAAACAAGGAGGGAAGUUAAGAGGAACAAACUGGGACUGAACUAUACUGCCAGUUUCUAAUUAUACAAAAAAUAAGAUUUAUAAUAAUGUUAGCAAGUGAAAUGUGGUCUGUGAGAAGCUACAUAGCAGUUAGCCUUGAUUUGGGUUAGGUUAGCAUGGGCUGCAGCUAACGUUAGCAUCGUUAUUUUUAAACCAGUGCAGGUGGUUUAUUGUUAAUGGAAAUAAAUUGUUCACAGAGAGAGAGCUAGUAACUACUGGCAUUCUCUUGCUGUUGUUCUCCAUGGUGAUUGAUUAGCCUAUGUUAAAGUGUUAGCAUGUUGCUAGAUAGAGGACACAUGGAUGGUUUUCCUCAAGGUUUCUUAGUGUCUUCACCUGUCUGCCUCCACAUGUGUGUUAUCUUCUUUCAUAUGUCAUCAAGUAUCUUCACAGUUGUACUCAUAAUUAUUUCUAUCUCUUUUGCAACCUCCACAAAGAAAUAUUUUGCUACCAUUUUAUCUUCAGUCGCCAAAUGUAUGUUCAAGGAUUUUGAGUUAAUUCUCAUUUUGUAUUUGGAAAUGAACUGAAAGAGCAUUUGCUGUGGUUUCCACUGCCAUAUCUAAGUACUGGUUUACUCAUGGUUAUACUACCUUUCUAGGGAAACCUAUUUAUUUUAGUGUAUUAUAUUAAUUCUUAUGACUCACUAAACCACAGUAAUGCUGUAAUCUAAUGACACAAACAUAAGUCACUGCUGUUCCCCGCAUUUAGUUUCACAUUAAAUAUAGCGCGGCUUUGUGUGAGUGAAGUCAUAUUAAAGGGAAAUGAUGCCACACACACUGUACACCACAUUAUCCUUGAUUACUGGGAAGAGGUUUGAUGUCAGCUGAGGGCACUACCGCACUCCAAAUAAAGAAACACUUGGAAGAAAGAUGUUGCUCAAGCUGCCUGGGUUUCUGUUCAAAUGCUAUAAGUAGCACUGUU